AUGUCUCUGCAGGAGCCUCCGUGGUUGCAAGCAAAGAGAAUAACAGGAAACGGAGGAGAGUCUCGAGCGAUCAUGGCUGAGGAAGAAGAAGAAAACCCCCAAGCUCGGCAAGGUUUGCAGGUAGGGCGAGCAAAACAUCUCGCCGUGUCAUAAGCCUACCGUUUUUCUUCUUCCUCUGACCUCUGCUAAAGUCAAUAUAUUAUCCGAACAGUUUCCUCGCCCCCCCACCCGAGUUGGCAAAACAUGGAAGCAGCAGCCAGGAGUUCCAUCCUGCUCCGUGCAGGUGUUUUACUGGGAAUAUGCUGCCGAAUAUGCUUCUCCAGCAGGAAUCCCCCCCCCCCCAUUACAAUACUUCAAGCGAUGAGGGAGGAGAUGUAGCGAGAGGGGGAGUGGAGGAAUGUGGAUGUGGAAACCAUGCAGAGAAGGGGGUGCAACCUGCCCCUUCUUUUGACUGCAUAGGAUUCUGCCCGUUCUUCUUUGUACUUCGGUUUUGCUCGCCCCUCAAGCCACUGAGGACCAGGACUCGUAGCACGUUGGCGGGGGGGGGGGCAUCUAGUCCAAUUCCCUGAGGGUCAUUUAUUUCAACCCCUUUUCUUAUCACUUUCAGAGCUUAGUUAUUGAAAUCAAGGGUGUGGAGUGCUCAGCCAUGUCUUUAAAAGUUGGGGGGUUUUUUGGCUCGUGCCUGAGCAACUCUAGACUGCUGGAACCUGGAAACGAACAAUAUUGAAUGGAAAACUAAAGACACCUCAUUUUGCACAAAUUUCCCAUACAUGCUUCCUUUGGCAUCCGUUAACCACCAUCAAAUGUCAAGGUAGUGAUAGACAAGUGUGUGUUUAGCUUCUGUUUUCGGUGCAUUCUGUGUAUCGGCAAGACAUUGUUGCUCUGGUUUGAUGGUAACGUUCCCUGUUUGGCGAUUUCCUGAUAGGAACUGGUUGACCAGCUAUAUCAUUUCCGAGACCAUUAUUUUGAGAGCCACAAGGUGGAAGAUGCUGGGAAAAAGCAGCAGGAUGUACAGGAGGAGAUGGAGAAGACUCUUCAGAAAAUGGAAGCAUUAGAAGGUAAAUCUCAACAGAACCAGCAUUUUCCUUUCUCCAACUUGUAUACCAUUCCUCCUCCUCCUUCCUCAUAUGCUGUGAGGCUCUGCAGAUGUCCUUUUUAUUGUGCAUUCCUGAUUAUUUGUGCUCCUGGUGGCAUUAGGGUGGUUAUGUAUGAUCCUGUUUAGGGAAGUUUGUAAUGUUUGAUAUCUUGCCGUGUUUUUAAUAUUCCACUGUGAGCCGUCCAGAAUGGCUGGGGAAACCCAGCCAGAUGGGCGGGGUACAAAUAAUAAAAUUAUUAUUAUUAUUUCUUUUGGAUGAGCUCGGUGACUGAAUUUCUAGCACAGUGUGGAUUUCAUGGACUUGCAGUUCACUUACGGCAUCUCUCUUUCUCCCAUCCUCUGCUAGGCCUGUCUAAGGGUCGAGCUCACACACUGAUGCUGAAGGGGAAAGCCUUGAAUGUGUCCCCAGAUUAUAAUGCUCAGGCUGAAGAGCUGCUCUCCAAAGCUGUCAAGCUGGACCCAGAACUGGUAGAAGCCUGGAAUCAGUUAGGGGAAGUUUACUGGAAAAAGGGUGAUGUCUCUGCUGCCCACACCUGCUUCUCUGGAGCGCUUAGCCAUGUAAGUCCCCCCUCAGUCCUCCCUUGGGCAGGUGGUGAUUCUAGUUUGGAGAGCUGUUUGGCACUUCAAGCCAGGACUAUUAAGCCAAAGGACAUACCUCAAGGAAUACUUUGGGGAAGUGAGAGUCAUAUUUUGCAUUUCACUAGGUAGGAUUUGAAUUCUUGCUAAUUGCAGAAGCCUUGUCUUUCUCCUGCCCCUUUUCUCUUCAGUGCAAGAACAAGGCCUCCCUGCAGAAUCUCUCUAUGGUGCUGAGGCAGCUGCGCACAAACUCUGCUGAUGAGCAUGCACACAAUGUGAUGGACAGCGUGCGGCAGGCCAAGCUGGCGGUGCAGAUGGAUGUGUGCGAUGGCCGCUCCUGGUGUGAGUCUGUCAUGCGCCCCUUUUCAGGUGGUCCUGAGGUGGGAUGGGAUAGAGCAAGGAAGGGAACCGGCUGUGCAACUUGCUAAUUAUGCUCUCUGUAUUCCACAGAUGUUCUGGGCAAUGCCUACCUCUCCUUGUUCUUCAAUUCAGGGCAGAACCCCAAGAUCUCCCAGCAGGCGCUGAGUGCCUAUGCCCAAGCAGUAGGUGCUGGAGGGGACUCUAGAGGAAGCCUGUGGUAUGGUGGGGAGGAGGGGGUUGGGGGCCCAGGUUAAGCCUCUUCUACAUUGCCAGGAGCUGAGGUGGAAAUGGCUAGUUCUAGGCGGCAGAUUAGAGGGCUGGUAAUGGAAGCAGGGAGACCCAGUUUCAAAUCCUUCCUUGCCUGCAAAGCUUACUGGGUUACCUGAGCAAGUUGCACUCUGAAGGGGUGGAACAGGCUAAGUCACUUCUGACUGUAUGCAGGGAGAUGCAUUUUCUAAUGUUCUUCUAAGUAAAACCACACAAAUAAAAUAAAUAGCAAACCCUCUCUCCAAGUGAGAAACUUGCACAGCUGGAGCUAUAAUCUUGGCUAUAAUCUUUUCAUGGAAUGCUAGUUAUGUAACUGUUUUAAUUUAUUUUUUAGAUUGAUACCCACUUUUCUUCCUAGAAGCUCAAGGCAGUAUACAUGGUUCUCUUUCCCACACCCACCCAACUUCCCAUUUUAUCCUCACAACAGUCAUGCGAAGUAGGUUAGAUAGUUUCUGGCCCAAAGUCACCCAGAGAACUUCAUGGCUGAGUGGGGAUAUGAACCUUGGUCUCCUCCGUCCUAGUGCAACACUCAUAGAAUCAUAGAGUUGGAAGAGACCACAAGGGCCAUCGAGUCCAACCCCCUGCCAAGCAGGAAACACCAUCAGAGCACUCCUGACAUAUGGUUGUCAAGCCUCUGCUUAAAGACCUCCAAAGAAGGAGACUCCACCACACUCCUUGGCAGCAAAUUCCACUGUCGAACAGCUCUUACUGUCAGGAAGUUCUUCCUAAUGUUUAGGUGGAAUCUUCUUUCUUGUAGUUUGGAUCCAUUGCUCCGUGUCCGCUUCUCUGGAGCAGCAGAAAACAACCUUUCUCCCUCCUCUAUGUGACAUCCUUUUAUAUAUUUGAACAUGGCUAUCAUAUCACCCCUUAACCUCCUCUUCUCCAGGCUAAACAUGCCCAGCUCCCUUAGCCGUUCCUCAUAAGGCAUCGUUUCCAGGCCUUUGACCAUUUUGGUUGCCCUCCUCUGGACACGUUCCAGUUUGUCAGUGUCCUUCUUGAACUGUGGUGCCCAGAACUGGACACAGUACUCCAGGUGAGGUCUGACCAGAGCAGAAUACAGUGGCACUAUUACUUCCCUUGAUCUAGAUGCUAUACUCCUAUUGAUGAGGCCCAGAAUUGCAUUGGCUUUUUUAGCUGCCGCGUCACACUGUUGGCUCAUGUCAAGUCUAACCACUACAGCAUACUGUCUGUCUACACAGGCAAGGAUACUGAAAGGACACCUCCUGUCUGCAGGUUGAGGUGGCAUUUCGGCAUUCUGCCACUUCCUUUUGCUGCAUAUACACGCCUAACCUCAAUCUAGUCUACCUAACCAACUUGCUGUAAGGCAAAAAUGAGAUACACAUGUUGUUUUUAAAGGUCCCUCCUGUUUCAUAAAUUGCUUUGAUAUUUCUAAUGUAAAGCAAUUAAUGCAUUUUGCAAAAUAAAAUAAAGAUGUUGCAGUCUUCACUAGCAUAAGUUUGCCAUGCUCUUGGGAAGUUCUCAUACCGAGGAUGAUGAGGAUAUUCACCUCCUGUUAUUUUUUAGCAUCUGACAAAAGACGUUAUUUGGAGAUAAGAGCCCAAAGGCUGGGUCAUACCAAAGGCCUAUUGGGUUCAGCAUUUUGUUCUCAUUGUGGCCAGUUAUGCCCACGGAAAGCUCAUAAGCAGGGCAUGAGCGCAAUUGUGCUCGUGAACCCUAGCAACUGGUAUUCUGACAUCAGCCUCUGAAUCUUAAUAUAUAACCAUCAUGACUAGUACCCCCUGAGAUCUGUAUUCUCCGUGAAUUCUUAUAAUCCUGUUUUAAAGCUAAAUUGGUGCCCGCCACUACAUAUUAUAAUAGUGAGUUUAACUAUGCAGUCUGUGAAGAAGUUAUUUUGUCUGUCCUGAAUCUGCCAAUAUUCCUCAUCACUGGGUGACCCUGGGUUCUAGUACUGUGUGUGUGAGAGAGAAAAACCUCUAUCCACAUUCAGAUCACGGUGCAUAAUUUUGUGCUCCCCUGCUUUGAAUAGAAUAGAGGCAGACAGUAGUUGGUGUAGAAGAAUGCCUGGUUUUCUAAAUCGUGACUUUGUGGCAUAUCUGUAAAGUGGUUCUUGCUCAGCUCAGCUGCUGUCCCCAGCUGGACCCACCAACAUAGUGGAAAAGUGCAAGAGAUCAAAAUGAAGGCUAAAGUUGCCCAAUAGGGAUAGUUAGGGGCAGCCUAGAAACAAAAUUUGGUACUCAUGCAAUAACUUUCCAGAUUAAUCCUGUGAGCAUAUAAAUACCUGGAACAACACAUGUCAGGAUUGGUUACUUAUGUAACUGUUCCGUGGAUUUUGUGAGCUGGACCAAUGAGGGGAAAGAAAAUGAGGUAGCUAAAGGUGUUGUUUGUGAUGAUUUGCCAUUGGGCCAUUUAUAAAUAUGCACCUUUAGAUGGUGGGUGGAUGGGGAUUUUGGUCUGCAGCUGGUAAAAGCAAAAAUGACUGUGGAGGAAAGUGCUUGGGGAGCAGGGGGAGAGUGUCCUCACAGAGGAAGUGAUGGUGGAUGCUCAUGCCUUCCUCUUGGUCUUCUUUCUGUAGGAGAAGGUGGAUCCCACGGCAUCUUGUAAUCCAGAUCUACAUCUUAAUCGAGCCACGGUGAGCAGAAAGGAUGGGAAAAGUCAUGGGGCAAGAUAGGUUUGGCUGGCUUGUGCUUGACCUAUCGCGGAGAACUCUGAAAAGUGUGGGUCUGGUUAGAGGAUGGGGGGCUGGCAAUUCCAAGUGAAAUAUAUCUUAAGGCUACCAUCUAAGCAGUCAUCAAGGGGCCGAUUUUCAAUCUCUGCCCUUGUUCUGACUUAGUUGACCUGUGCCUGCAGUUUCCUAUUUCUAUAGUAGUGUAAGUUCCACGUGACCCUAGCUUAUCACCUUCUGCUCUGUUGUUUUUGGGGGCAGCUAUAUAAGUAUGAAGAAAACUACAUGGAAGCUCUGGAGGGCUUUGCACAGGCAGCAGCCCUUGAUCCAGCUUGCCCGGAACCACGCCAACGGGAGCAGCAACUUGUAGAUUUCCUGGAGCGGCUAACCAGCCUCCUUGAAAACAAGGUAUUAUUAACGGCAACAAGACUUGGUGUCCUUUCACUGCCUGACCCAUGCAAACGUAGCAUCGUCCAACAAUGCAAAGGUGACUCACCAUGCUGCUUUUCUCCCUUGCAGGGAAAAGUGAAAGGCAAGAAGCUGCAGAGCAUGCUGGGAAGCCUGCGUACCUCCCAGCUGGGCCCGUGUGGGGAUGGGCGCUACCAAGGGCCCUCGGGUCAGAAGGUGCAACUGGAACAGCGCCCCCUGGGCACCUUGAGGUCUGGCGUUAACUCUGGUGUUGUGGUGCUGGGGAAGGUGCUGUUCAGUCUGACCACAGAGGAAAAGGUGCCCUUGUGAGUUUCUGCCACAUCCUGCCUUGGAAUCUUUUCCUAUGUCCCGCCCCCCCCCCCGACUAUAUCCACCUUUUCCUUCCUGCUUAGCUUUAUCCCGCUCUCUUCAUAGUUUGUUAGGGCUUAUAUUCUUCCCUAGGAAGAUAGGUUUGGGAUGGGUUUCAAUAAUUAUUUAAAAGUAGCAAAAAGCUGUGGAAGCUUAUCCCACAAACGCACAGCAUUAUGGAGGCCACCAAACGCUUGCUUAAACAGAAGUAAAUACCUUAAUCUUGAUUCUGAAAUGUGUUCAGCUUGAUGUGUUGUUGGUUCUUUAGAGCAGGGGUGGAAAACCUUUUGGCUCUAUGAGCCAGAUCCUUAUCAGGAUUGGCCUUGCUGGCCGAAUUCACUCACCCACCUGCCAACUCAGCUGACAUCACAACUGAUGUUGGCUUAUGAGUGGUAGCCAUGUUUUGGGGAAAACGACCACACAAGCUGAGAUUGGCUCACUGGCUGGAGGUUGUCCAUCCUUGCUGUAGAGGAAGGCAGUUCUAAUAAGGAGAAACUACCUUUGAUGGGAUAACAGGGAACUCUCUGUUGAGCUUGGAGACUAUGACACCUACAAGAUGCUUAGUCUGUCCUUGAGCUUUAUCAACCAUGACCAGCUCCUUGGGCUCUGCUGUGUGGGCAAGUAUCCAUCUUGCUCAUCUCUUGAUCUUUCCACUUGCCUGUCUACCCAUCCAGCAACCUGACUGAUACUUCUUUUUAAACAUACUUUGUUCUUUCCUCUCUUUACUCAAACAGCACUUUUGGCCUGACUGACUCCACCGAGGGCCCUUGUUUUGCUGUCACUGUGUACAACAUGGCGCAAAGCUGGGGGGUUUUGAUUGGGGACUCGGUGGCCAUCCCUGAGCCUCACCUUCGGCAUCAUCACAUCCAGCACCAAGGCAAGGUGAGUUCCGUCUGUGCUCUUUCUUUGGCCCUUUCAAAUUCUAUUAUGUACCUGUUUCCAUGUUGCUCGUGAUGCAACCAGAGCCUCCAAAGAGGUAGUUGGAAGAGACAGCGCAGAAUUACUUGAAUGCACAAGUGAUGGAAACAGUUUAAAGCAGAGGCAACAAUUCGAGGCUUACUGGCGUCAUCUUGUCUGUCUUGGCACCCCCUUGUUCUUAUGUAUUUUUCUCCACCCAUUCCCAGAUUAGUCAUUCUGGGAGAAAGAUUCCAAGUGGAGAGGAAGCCUCCAUGUCUUUUUUAAAAUGGCACUUUUAAAACUUUGUUUCAGUUGGAAGUUGUGUAAAUCUCUCUCUCUGUGUGUGUGUGUUUUCAGAUAACCUGCUUAUUUGAGCAUUUGUCCUGAUUUGCCUGUAGAGGAGAUUAGACAGUGCCAGCUAUUUAAUGCGUAGUUCAUUUUGAUUUGUUUGCAGGAAAGCUAGACAUUACACCUAAGCAAGUGUUAACACUGUCCCAGUGCAUUUUCCUGUCACUUUCCUUAUCGCAAAAUGUCAGGUCUUUUGGAGACAUUGGUUUUGUUGUGCAAGGUUCUCUCCAUCAGCUGUGAUUACGCUGCCUGAAUUUGCCAAUAUGUAAGCAAAUCUUGCCUGAAAAUAGUCCCUGUAGUCCCUGUUACAGUCAGCAAGGUUUGGAGGGAGGGAGGCCUUACUUAGAUUGAAUCCUUCCUCCGCACCCUAACAUUUUCUCCAUUCCUCUUUUUCAGAGUUUUACUUUUUCUAGCAUCCGGGUGGAGACGCCUCUCCUGCUAGUGGUGAAUGGCAAAGUGCAAGGAUCCCAGAGCCAGGCUGCAGCCACCAUUGCAUAUCAGGCACAAAGUGAAUGA